AUCAGCUAGCUUGUCACACCGCUGUGUGCUGCCACUGAGGAUUCAGCCAUGAGUAACUGAAUUAAAGGACGGUUCAGAAACAUUUUGCAGUAACGGCGACUAUGGAAGCAAACAUUUUACCAAAUCACUCAAUAACAGAAGGUUAAUUUCACGAGUGUGUUUGGGGAGCUGCUGAAAUUAGCGCGGUAAUGCGGAGCUAAUGUCACCACAGAUUAGCUAACGUUAACCGUAACUGCGUGGCUGUGCUGCGGAUGCCACCUGUGAUCAGACUUCACAGGUAACGUUUCUGUCUGUGACACCUACUGAACACCAGCGUCCGCCCAGCGGGCCGGUACCCGACCUGUCAGCAUGCGGAUUUUAAGGUUUCUGAGGAGCAGCGUGUCCAUAGGAAAGGACAUCGACUACUACUCCAAAUUUUCCCCCUCUCCUCUUUCAAUGAAGCAGUUUCUGGAUUUUGGCUCUGAAAAUGCAUGUGAGAAAACAUCCUUCGCCUUCCUCAGACAGGAAUUACCUGUUAGGUUGGCAAACAUCAUGAAAGAGAUCAACUUGUUGCCUGACAACUUGCUGAGGACUCCAUCUGUCCGGUUGGUCCAAGGCUGGUACAUGCAAAGUCUUCAGGAGAUCCUUGAGUUCAAAGACAAAAAUGCGAAUGAUGAGAAAGUCACAUAUGAUUUCACAGACGCGGUGAUAAAGAUCAGAAAUCGGCACAAUGAUGUUAUUCCCACCAUGGCUCAGGGAGUGGUGGAGUACAAGGAGACCUACGGCACAGACCCGGUCGUCAGCCAAAACGUUCAGUAUUUUCUCGAUCGCUUCUAUAUGAGCAGGAUAUCCAUCAGGAUGUUGCUCAACCAGCACACCCUCCUCUUCGGUGGGAAGGUGGAGGUGAACCCAGCACAUCCCAAACAGAUCGGCAGUAUUGAUCCACACUGUCGUGUCAGCGAGGUGAUCAGAGAUGCCUAUGAAAACGCACGAAACCUUUGUGACCGGUACUACAUGAACUCUCCUGAGCUGGUCCUGGAGGAAUUCAACGUCAAAGAGCAGGGAAAACCCGUCACCGUAGUGUAUGUUCCAUCUCAUUUGUACCAUAUGGUGUUUGAACUUUUUAAGAACGCCAUGCGGGCCACCAUGGAGCUAUACGGCGACGCCCUGGAGUAUCCCUCCAUCCACGCACAGGUCGCGCUUGGAACUGAAGACCUGACCGUCAAGGUGAGCGAUCGUGGAGGAGGCGUGCCGCUGCGAAAGAUUGACCGGUUGUUCACCUACACCUACUCCACAGCUCCUCGGCCCAGCAUUGAUGGGUCCCGCGCCGCUCCUCUGGCUGGUUACGGGUAUGGUCUGCCCAUCUCUCGACUGUACGCCCGGUACUUUCAAGGGGACCUGAAGCUGUACUCUCUGGAGGGUUAUGGAACUGAUGCCAUCAUCUACAUUCGGGCGCUCUCCACAGAGUCCAUCGAGAGGCUCCCCGUUUACAACAAGUCAGCCUGGAAACACUACAAGACCAUCCAUGAGGCCGAUGACUGGUGCGUCCCCAGCAAAGAGCCCAAAGACAUGACAACAUUUCGCAGUUUCUAGAUCUGAAUGGCGGCGGUCCGGUGGCAACGUGUGCAAGAGAUGAGGUGUGUGUAUGUGUGUAAUGGUGAUUCAUCAGUUCAGAUUUCUUUGUACAGAAAGUGAAAGGAAAAAAGAAGAAUAGAACAUUUAAAAAACAACAUUUUUCUACUUUCUCCUACUGGUGUACUGCUGGUAAUGACUGGGAGGAACCAAGACCAGAUGCACCAGCUAUAUGUAAGUUCUCUUUUAAAUUAGGUUUAAAGUCCACCUUAAACAGUAUGUCGGUGUGAUACUAAAGCUGUAGAUGUUUUGUUGCACCACAGAGACAUGAGGUUCAUCUUAACUCCUCUGGCAUAAAGUCCAAACUAGCCAAAAUAUUUGUAUAUAGUUUUCACUUCCUGUGGCCAGUCAGUGAAAAGCACCAUUUUUAACGCACUGUAUGCAGUGUUUAUUACCAUGUUGUCUCUUGUACCCAGUAGCCGUUGAACAUUGUGCUAUGCAAUAGCGAAGAGGCUAAUGGCUAAAAAUAGCCAACGUUGCAAAGCAUUGUGAUUAUGUGAUAACUGUGCAACCUUAAUCGAGAGUAAGAGCAAAGUAAUAGCUGUGACCUCAAGUGAUGAAACCAUUAACCACGACAGGGUAAUGUAACUGUACCCUAUGAUUAGGCAGAUGAAAGUGUAACGUUAUAACAAACACAAAAUGAUUGCCUACACUAGCAAAGUCUUAUAAAUUAGUAGUUUUUAAUUAUAAAGUUAUCUAACAUGAUAUAUUUGCUUUCCAACAAUAUAACUCAUGUCCAGUUCAGUCAAAUUAGCAGCUUUGCCAGCCCUAUAACUUAGUGUGAUGCUAUGUUGUGAUCAACACGCCAUGCCAACCGCUGUUUUAUGGCAGACUUUCCACCUACUAAAGGCUGGGCGUCAGAUUUAAGUUGUGACUUAUGUCUACGUUGGAACCAUUUCCACUGGUGCAACCCUUAAAAUGUUGUUAGAGUGUAAACUCCGUCCGAACUUAGAAAUAACGUUCAAACUAGGCUUUGAGCUUACGGAUAGCUGGUGCAACCCAGUGCAGGUUUCUAGAAAGCCGCACUGCUGUUGAAAGUGAAGACCAACCAAGUGUUUGAGGCAGACACUGUUAUUGAUGUUAAAACAUUCACAACAUAUUGGCUUUUCUUUUUUUUUAAACACAAUCACUGAAGUUCUACCCUGUUAGCUCACCUGGUAGAGCUGAGUUUGAAUCCAGCCUGGGCCCUUUGCUGCAUGUCAUCCUCUCUCUAUUGUCAGUGUCAAUUAAAGCAGAAAUGCCCCCCCUCAAAAAAAAAAAAAAAAAUUUAAUGAUCCCUUAAAUAUGGUGGUGUGGGUAUAGAAGAACUGU